AUGGCUGAAUUGAAAGAGCAGGAGUACGUCCACAGGGUUUAUGAUGAGAUAGCGCCCCAUUUCUCUGAGACUAGGUACAAGCCGUGGCCGGUCGUGGCUAAUUUCCUCAAUUCACAACCUAUGGGGGCUAUUGGAAUCGAUGUUGGGUGUGGUAAUGGUAAGUACUUGGGGGUAAAUCCCAAUUUGUUCAUUAUUGGCUCUGACAGAUCUUCAGGAUUGAUCCAAUGCGCCAAUGAGAUCAACUCCCGUUAUAACGUUCUCAUUGCUGAUGGGUUACAGCUACCACAUAAAGACGGUACAUUUGAUUUUGCGAUUUCUAUUGCAGUGGUGCACCAUUGGACAACUAGAGAGAGACGUAUAGCUGCCAUUGCUCACAUUUUGACCAAAUUACGCCCUGAAGGUCAAGCGCUUAUCUACUGUUGGGCAUUAGAACAAAAUGAAUCGAGAAGAGGCUAUCAUGAGGGCAUGGAACAAGACGUAUUGAUCCCCUGGGUCCUUAAACCGAAGAAGCCAACAAAAUCUGUAAAGGCAGCGCCCGAGAAGGUAGAUCUUAGCGGUAUUCCACUGCAUGAAAGAGCUCAGUACGUCUCAGAGAUGAAGAAGAAGAGACGUCAGGAAUUGAGAAAAGAGCAGGAGGAGCUGGAGCAACAGCAGCAGCGGGAGGCAUCGCAAGACACCAGAUACCGGUUUUAUCACUUGUACCGUCGCGGAGAGCUCGAGGAAGACUGUAAAGCAGCUGGUGGAACGGUGAUCGGGACAGGAUACGAAAGGGAUAACUGGUAUGCUAUAGUAAAAUCUGCUACUAAAUAG